GGAGGAGGAAGAAGAAGAAGGAAGAAGAAGAAAACAGAUCUUCCACAUUUUUAUAAACAGUAGGCAUGGCCAAAGACUGAUCUUUGAAAAUAUGCAUUUAGGAGAGAGCCUCGCUCUACUGAAUACCUUGUGCUGGUGCUGCCACCGAAAGAUUUGGUUACAGUCUGGGAAGGCCUGCUACUAUUGCAGGACUGAACCAUUGCAGCCCUGAAAUGAGUAUCUGGCCAAAGCGGGCACACCAUGAAUAGAUACACAACAAUCAAGCAACUUGGGGAUGGGACCUAUGGUUCCGUCCUGCUGGGAAGAAGCAUUGAGUCUGGGGAACUGAUUGCCAUUAAAAAAAUGAAAAGAAAGUUUUAUUCCUGGGAAGAAUGUAUGAACCUUCGGGAAGUUAAGUCUUUAAAGAAGCUCAAUCAUGCCAAUGUAGUAAAAUUAAAAGAAGUCAUUAGAGAAAAUGAUCAUCUUUAUUUUAUCUUUGAAUACAUGAAGGAAAACCUUUACCAGCUCAUUAAAGAAAGAAGUAAAUUGUUUCCUGAGUCUGUGAUAAGGAAUAUCAUGUAUCAGAUCUUGCAAGGACUCGCCUUUAUUCACAAGCACGGCUUCUUCCAUCGGGACUUAAAACCUGAGAACCUCCUCUGCAUGGGACCAGAACUUGUGAAAAUUGCAGACUUUGGACUAGCCCGAGAAAUCCGCUCAAGACCUCCAUACACAGACUAUGUGUCCACUAGAUGGUAUAGGGCUCCAGAAGUACUCCUGAGGUCUACCAACUACAGCUCCCCCAUUGAUGUCUGGGCCGUGGGCUGCAUCAUGGCAGAGGUGUACACCCUCAGGCCGCUCUUCCCUGGGGCCAGUGAAAUUGACACAAUUUUCAAAAUUUGCCAAGUGUUGGGAACACCAAAAAAGACUGACUGGCCUGAAGGUUACCAGCUAUCAAGUUCUAUGAACUUCCACUGGCCACAGUGCAUACCCACUAACUUAAAGACCCUGAUUCCAAAUGCUAGUAGGGAAGCAGUUCAGCUCCUGAGAGACAUGCUUCAGUGGGAUCCCAAGAAACGACCAACAGCUAGUCAGGCACUUCGAUAUCCUUACUUCCAGAUUGGACACCCCCUGGGCAACACCAUAAAGAACCUUCAGGAUUCAGGAAAAACACAGAAAGAUGUCCUAGAAAAGACAGCCCCUCCUCAUAUUAAGCCAACCCCUCCUGUCCAUCCCCCAACCAAGCCAUACAUGCGGAUCUCUACACGACCACACCAAGUUAUCCAGCCCCCUCAGCAUCUUGUAUACCCCUGCAAAACCGAGGCCUCCCAGGCAGAUCAACUGAACCAUCUUCAGGAGGACAAGCCAAGCCCACUGCUCUUCCCAUCCCUCCACAAAAAUCCACAGUCGAAAAUCUUAGCUGGCCUGGAACACAAAAAUGGUGAGAUCAAGCCAAAGAGUAGGAGAAGGUGGGGUCUUAUUUCCAGGUCAACGAAGGAUUCCAAUGAUUGGGCUGACUUGGAUGACUUUGAUUUCAGUCCAUCUCUCACCAGCAUUGAUGUGAAAGACCAAAAGAGACAGAGUGACGAUCCUCUCAGCAGAUUUGCAAGUGUUUUGGACCUGAAGCCAUCUGAGCCCAUGGGAACAGAAAAUAGUGGCCCCACCCAGACUUCAUACCAAAGGCGAGACACACCAACCUUGAGAUCUGCAGCCAAGCAGCACUACUUGAAUCACUGUCGAUAUUUACCUGGAAUAAAUAUAAGAAAUGGUGUACUCCCAAAUCCAGGCAAGGACUUCAUUCCAUCUAAUCCAUGGUCCAGUUCUGGUUUGUCUGGAAAAUCUUCAGGGACAGUAUCAGUGAUCAGCAAAAUACAUUCAGUUGGUUCCAGCUCUACAAGUUCUAGUGGAUUGACUGGGAACUAUAUCCCUUCAUUUCUGAAAAAAGAAAUUGGGUCAGUUAUGCAACGGGUACACCUAGCACCCAUUCCAGACCCUUCCCCUGGCUAUUCCUCUCUCAAGGCCAUGAGACCUCAUCCCGGGCGACCUUUCUUCCAUACCCAGCCUAGAAGCACUCCUGGGUUGAUACCACAGCCUUCAGCCACCCAGCCAGUGCAUGGGAGGACAGACUGGUCUUCCAAAUAUCUGUCCCGGCGGUGACUGUUUUGGCCAUCAGUGACAGGACACUUUACCUCAGCCAACUGGUGUUCCAUCUUCAAAACCAUGUGGACAAUGUCAAAACACUUUAUAGUUGCUCUUCUGAACUAAGACAUUUCAAUAUUCUUUUUAAAAUUUUUUAAAUAUUAUUUGAAUGCAAUACCCUCUUUUGUAUAAAUUAUUUUAUGCUAAAACUGGGCCUCAUUAUUUUAUUAAAUAACAGCAUUUUGUAUAAAUCAAUUAUGUUUUAGCAUUUUAUACAGUAAGCUUUGUAGUGAAUUUUUUAAAGAUUGAGUUUUUCUUUGUAAUUUUAUACUGAUUUUGAAAAUGUAAUAAUAUUAACACUAUUGCAGCAGGAGUGUGUUGUAAAGCUGGUAAUGAAGGGUUGUUGACUCAGCAUGUGCAAACAACAUGAAGCUGUUCCAUUUCAAAUGCAGCUCAUUAGGUACUUCAGGCUUUCUUAAACCAGCCUUAGGGAAGUAAUCUGCUGCUUUUCUUAACAGGUAUUGGAGGGUUUUGUUUUGUUUUUGUUGUUUAUUUUUCUGUUUUGGUUUGUUUUAUUUUUAGACAGAAUCUCAUGUAGCCGAAGGCUGGUCUUGAACUCUAUAUAGCUGAAGAUGACGCUGAACUGCUAAUUCUCCUGCCUCCAUGUCCCAAGUACUAAGAAGACAGGCAUGUGCCACCAUGCCCAGUUAUAUGCAGUACUGGAGAUGAAUCCAGGGCUUUGUGCAUGCUGGGCAAGCACUCUAGUAACUGAGCUACAUCCCUAGUCCUGAUGUUUUUAUUUUAAUAUUACUGUGAUACUCUAAAUCUGCAGUUCUGUAAUUUAUUUUGCUUUACUUCUUGUUCCUCAGAACAAAGAAUGCUUCAUAAUUUUUAAAAUAUUAUUUUAUUAACAUUUUUAAUGUAAUGUAGCUGCAGAUAUAUAAAGGAAACCAAGCAUAAUCAUACUAAGCUGUCACAUCCUAGUCUUUUUUUUUAAUGAAAUUAUAUAAGUACCCAUAAAAGGGAAGCUCUUUUAUAACCAAAAAUUUCUUAACACAAUGGAUUAAACUUAUAUCCCUCCAAGAUGAAGGACCAAAAAGCCAAAUUUCAAAACAACAGAAUAUAAUUAGUAAUACCUGAAAUGGAAUGUCAUUUCAGCUCUCCAGACCUGGCCAGGAGCAGCUCAUGAAUAAUCUGCCUUAGCCAAAUUCUCAGGACAAUUUGGGGAGCAAAAAAGAUGUAGGAAAGGAUUCUCACUUACACAGGAAGUCACAAUUUUCAUGACAUUACUGUCCAUGGUGUGCCACAUCUGAAAUACUAGCUUCAUAUGGGUUCUUUCAUGAGUGAGGACCCUCCUGGGACCAAAAGCUAGAGAGAAGACAGAUCCUCUCUCCAUCCCUAAUGGGCACAUCUGACCCCACUCAUGGUUACCUUAAAAGCAAAAGGGACAGUUAUCCACCAAUGAGUGUAAUAAUAAUCUCAAUAGUGUACUGAUUCACAUUCUCCAGGUCUCCAACUACUCUGUUAGCUCUAGGUUCCAGGAUACAACUCAGCAAACCAUCUGAAAUUCUCAUUUUUGUAGGUUGAGUGGUAAGUUAAGGUGAAUACAGAUAGCUUUCAUAAGGUUCAACCUAAUAAGUUGGUAAAUAUUGCUUUGGUGUAGUAGUAAUGUUUUGUAAACUCAACAAAUUAUCAUGACUUCCAAAGGGUUCUAACCUUUUCCAAAACAAGGAGUAAUUUAUGCUUUGGAGAAUCUGACUCAAAAAUAUACUUAACCAAAAAAAGUAUAUAUGUAUUUAACCAAGCACUAUGCUUCUGAGGGGUGUAAGAAAAGCACAUAAUGGGUGUGGACUUGAUAGGUAAUGUUUCCUGUUAACAAACAGGUGGUAAAGCUUCAGAAAAUGUUUAUCCAACCAUAACUUAAAUCAAAUUCAUUUCUGCAUUAUAUUUUGAACUUAGUAUCUAAACCAACAAAACAUGGAUUUUCAGAGAUUAAUCCUUUACUAUGAAGUUAAUAUUUAUUUUCUCUGUCAAUAUUAUAUAUAAAAGCAAAUUAAUCUGAAGCCUUGCCCGGCUUCCUGGAAAGGUAGCUUUAACUUGUAAAUACCAUCAUUAUCCUUCUCUGCACUCUAGCUUGGUUAACUACACUGAGUACAUUCUUUUUUUAAUUGAAAAACCUAGUUAGCUGGUUAUUACACUUUAUAAGAUUAUUCUUCUGGUACUUUCACAGGACCUCCCUUCAAUGUCAGACAGAACUUCAUUUUCUCCUCCUUUUAACCUUCCCUCUGUCUCCUAACAAACAACUUCCCUUCAGAACUUUAUUCACAUGAAAGUCAAGAAACUCAUAUGCAGUUUAAAAAUGAUUGAAAAAGUCAAGUUCUGAAGAACUAGAAAAUCCUUUAAAGUACUCUUUCCCUCAUUAAAAAGGGUAAAGGAGAAAUUGUGCAUACAAGCUAGCAUAGAAGGAUCAUGACCCAUUUAUUAAGUGAUAAUAACCUGUGCAUACAUUCUGUUUUAAUAUUUUUAUUUUUUAUUGGCAUUAUAGUUACGGAUAGGUAUAGUUUAACCAAUCACUCUUGUCAGUGUCCUGCAUUUGUAUUCUGUACAGUAACUAAGAAUAUAUGCACAUCCACACUGCCAAGAGUGUUGGGCUAAACUACCCAUCUAAAACUGUACCUCACUCACAAUCAGAAAGCUUUCUGAGAACACAGAAAAUGGUACUACUAUGCCAAGGGGCACAGAUAUGCCUCACAUAGAGCAAGCACAAAAGGGAAAUUACAUUUGAAUUUGAUUGUUCAGUUUAUGAUAAAAUCCCAUCAAGCCAUCACCAAGGCUGAGAAUGAUUGGAUUUAAGUAGACCAAAAAUUAAUCUUCAAGCAAUUUUUCACAUGUAAUACCUGCCUAAAAGACCACAUACAUCUAAAAAGUGUCACUUUGGAGUCGGGCAUGGUGGCUCACACCUUUAAUCCCAGCACUCGGAAGACAGAGGUAGGAGGAUCUGUGAGUUUGAGACCACUCUGUGACUACAUAGUGAAUUCCAGGUCAGCCUGGGCUAGAGCAAGACCCUACCUCAGAAAAAAAAAAGUGUUACUUUGUCAUCUAGAAUCAUAAAAACUUGAGUAUAAUGAAGACAAAGUAAGAGUUGUUUCAUUUCUUAAUUUUGAAUAUAGGUACUGUUGGAAUCAACGGGUGCCAUAUAUUCUUAGGAAGUCAUAUUUUCCUCCCACCAGUUCAUUGUUGUGUGCCAUUUAGGAGGAGGCUGUCAAGCUGUCUGCUUCAGCUCAGUAUAUGACCAAAAGUAAUGUUUAUAAAAAUAUUUGACAUACUUAUUGUUUUAUAUUAUUUAAGCAGGCUAUAGCAACAUGUUUGUUUAACAUAUAUGAAUAGGAAAUUUUUAGAAUUAUUUUUACAAUUUCCAACCACAUGUACUGUUUAUAUAAUUUAUUGUGAUAAUGGAAGUCAUUAAGAAGACAAAAGUGGGGAAAUGAUAUUAAUUGGUUUCUUAAAGAUACUGAUAAGACUUUCAUAUGACCACAAAGUCUUGGGGUCUCAGAUAUCCCAGAAAAAAAUAUAUAAAAUAAGACAUGGAGGACAGGAAACCAUUGAAGUGAGGCCCUUCUGAAACAAAUUGUUGUUUUUAACAUGGUAGCAUUAUGUAAAGGGAACUUCUGUUCCAAAUAAAGUUACAGUUUAAGAAAAGUCAA